UCCAGCUUUGUUUAGAGCCGGAGCCUUUGGGGAGUAACUGUGUAACGCAGAGGAAUGUGGUGCCUUUUUUGAGGAUUAUGAUAGAAACACUUUGAAAUAAUCGUGGUGUUAGACGAUUUCAAGACAUGGUACCUUCUUACAUAAUAAUUUGCCAAGAGCCUAAUGAAGGUAGAUGUUUCCACCACCAUGUACCUGAAAAGUUAGGGGCGAUGUCCAACCCAUUCGAAAGAUACCCAGCGGUGACAGCUCCAUUAAAGAACAGAGACGCCGUGAAGACAGUGACUGACAGGGCAGCGUCGUUGCCUUUGAGAGCUUGCAGAGCCAUCAAGGCUCCUGGGACUACAAGGGCGAAUGCUGUAAAGACUUUUCUGGUCGCUGUGGUGGAUAAGCGGCCUGAACGGCGAAGUCUAUCUGCCAACCAGCUGGAAAAGAUCGCCAUGGCGUAUUUACCUGGAAAAAAUAAAGAUUGCUCUAAGGUGGUUCAUCAGGUUUUACAAAUUCAUUUGGUAAUUGUGCUGCCACCAUGCGGAUUUGGUUUUCAAGAUGCAUUUUUGCCAAAGUAACAUGACUUAGCAGAAACUGAUGCAGAGGAUGACAAUGAAGAUGAAAGCUCCAAAAUUAAAAAAAAUAUAUAUUUUUUACUAGUAAGAAUUUCAUAUUUUCUUUUGUAACGUUAUUUGUGAUGAAAGAGAUGAAAGCUCCA